GGGGGGGGCGAGGCGAGGGUGGUGGAAGGUUUUGGGGGGAAUGUCGAGUGUCGUUCGCCUAGCAUGGCCAAUAUCGCUGCUGCCUUGCCUCAUUUCCCGCAAUUGCGUCAUCUGGCCCAUUUUGGCCGCCCGACUCCCCCCGUUUCGGGGGAAUUAUUGGGCGCCUGCUUUUCAACGAAAUGCAAACACUUUGAUGUCUGAUUGGGCAACGUUCGGAGCGUGUUUGUUCGUUACUGUUGGCAAUUGCGAACCUUCCUCUCGCAGCGACCAUGAACUGGACAUUGGCCGCCGUGCUAGUUGUUCUUGCCUUUGCGGCACAGACGAGCGAGGGGGCCGACUGCACGAGCUACACAUCGUGCUCGGCUUGUAUUUCUAGUGCCGACCAGUGCGGAUGGUGCUUUACGCCCGGAUCGGCCGGAUGCCAGGCGGCGUCGACGUCGACGUGUGCGGCGCCGGACUUUCUCAACCCUAUGUCCGAGGUGCAGUCGCAGUCGACGACGUCGAGUGUGAUGACGCCGACGGACGUCAAGGUCUUCCUUCGACUCAACGACCCGCUUUCGUUUGUGGUGACGGUGACACCCGGGCCGAUUCCGCUCGACCUUGUGCUUGUGGAGGAUCUGUCGGGCUCGAUGUCUGAUGACGUGAACACACUGCGUGCGCUUGCGCGUGACAUGGUGACGCGUGUGCGGACUGAGAUUCAGGCCGACACCAACUUUGGCAUUGCCGGCUUCAUUGACAAGCCGGCCGAGCCGAUUGCGUGGAACCGCGACUGCAACACCGAGUCGCCGCUGGCCAACCAGGACUGCUGGAACUACGAGUACAUGGGCUGGCUGGCAGCGGCUUCGGACGAGAACCUGUUCUUUGACGCGCUGGAGAACUCGCUGGAGAACCAUGGCAACAAGGAUUGGCCCGAGUCGAUGUCCGAGGGCGCGUUCCAUGCUGCGGUGUGCACGGCCCGGUCCGGAUGGCGGUCAAACUCGCGCCACAUCAUGCUCAUCUCGACGGAUGCCGACUUUCACAUUGCCGGCGACUCGGAGCUUAUCGGCGUGUACAACCCGCACUCGCGUCUAUGUGAGGAUGCCGUUGGUGGCGAUGGAUACGGCCCGGGCAUGGCUGAGGACUACCCGAGCGCGUCGCUCAUCCGUGAUGCGCUGCUGCGCCAGAACGUGGUCCCGAUUUUCGCGGUGACUGCUGGUGACGGUGGCAACUCGCGGUUCGACAACAUUCAGCUGUACCAGGACAUUGUGAACGAGUGGGGCUUUGGCUUUGUCUACACCCUCGAGUCCGACUCGUCGAACAUCAUUGACGCCAUUGUGACGGCGUACACGGUGACAGCCGAGACGGUGACCCUCAUCGAGGCUGCUGACACCCGCGACUGGGUCAAGUCGAUCACCCCGACCGGCGGCUACCAGAACGCGCUCCUCGGCGUGGCGUACCCACUGACGGUCAACAUGCUCGCCUCGCACGGUGACGAGAACGUGGUGGAGCAGAUUCUGCUCACCUCGUUCGGCUUUGGCUCGGUCAACAUCAACGCCACGACGGUGUACGAUUGCGAUUGCUCGGCCGCGUUGUGCCUGGAGACUGGCGGGCAGCAGUGCAACGGACAGGGAACGUGCGAGUGCGGCGUGUGCACCUGUGCGUCGACCAACUUCACUGGGCCUGGCUGCGAGUGUGACGUCAACGCGCCGUGCGACCCGCCGUGCGUCAACGGCGAGUGCGUGUGCGGCCAGUGCGUGUGCUCGGACGGCUGGAAGGGCGACACGUGCGAGUGUGACUCCAAGCCGUGCCAGGGUGGCGGUAACUGCAACGGGCAUGGUGUGUGCGAGUGCGGUGUGUGCAACUGCACGACCGGGUGGACCCAGAGCGACUGCUCAUGCACCCUCUCGCCGUGCCCAGGCACGCCUGCCUGCUCGGGUAACGGCCUCUGCACGCCGUGCGGAACGUGCGAGUGCCAGGCCGGCUGGACCCACCCGCCGCCGCCUGCCCCGCAGGACUGCUCGUGCUCGACCAUCCCGUGCUUCUGCUCGGGCCAUGGCAACUGCGAGUGCGGGUCGUGUGUCUGUGAGGCGAACUGGAUUGGCUCGGACUGCUCGUGCAACAACGUGUCAUGCCCGAUUGAUCCGGUCACCGGCACCGAGUGCGGUGGUGGACAGGAGUGUGUGUGCGGCGAGUGCGUGUGCGCCGAGGGCUUUACCGGCCCGUUCUGCAACUGCUCGACGAACCUGUGCCCGACGACCGGCAACGGCGCGUGCAACGGGCAUGGCUCUUGCGAGUGCGGCGAGUGCACGUGCGAGUCCGGCUUUGGUGGCAUUGCCUGCCAGUGCGAUGCCUCGCUCCCGUGCCCAGGCUCGCCGCAGUGCUCGGGCCAUGGCGUGUGCGACCGGACGGACCAGUGCGGAUGCGUGUGCGACAACGGAUGGACGACAGCGCCCGACGGGACCGAGGACUGCUCGUGCUCGACGACGCCGUGUGCGACCUCGUGCCAGCCGCCGUUUGGUAACUGCGAGUGCAACAAGUGCACGUGCAACACGACGUACAUUGACUCGCUGCCGUGCACGGUCGACUGCGGCGCCGGCGAGUGCGUCAAGGUGGUGGACAAGGACUGCGGCAUGACGAUGCAGUGCUCGUGCCCGAACGACCCGGCGAACCCAGUGCCGGUCACGCCCGGUGAGUGCCCGUGCAUGCAGGACGCCGAGGGCAAGGACCUUUGCGGUGCCGCCAACUGCUUCGAGGCCAACUCGGUCAACUGCACUGCCCGGUGCGGCGUGUGCGAGUGCAAGCCCGGUGUGAUCGGCGAUUCGUGCUUGUGCGACCCAGGAACGGAGGCACCGGCCUGCGACUCGCCGUGCCUCAACGGUGGGUCGUGUGUGCCGUCGGCCGGCAAGCGCGACCCGGUGACCGGCGCGCUCAUUGCCGGCUGCGUGUGGUCGUGCCAGUGCGUGCCGCCGUUCUCGGGCCCUUCGUGCGCCGACUGUGACGUGACCAACCUCGACUGCCCGCUCGCUUGCCGUGCCCAGACGUGUGGCGACUGCUUCCUCGACAGCGGCUCGACCGACCCGCGUCUCCAGGAGUGUGGGUGGUGCGUGAGCGACUCGGGCAACUCGUCGUGCAUCAAGCGCGCCGAGUGCUCGGCGAGCAACGGCGUCGUCGUCGACGCCUGUCCGGUCGCCCCGACUCCGGCGCCGACCCUCCUCGAGAACAAGUCGGUCUUCUACGGUGGCAUUGCCGCCGCAGCUGUCCUCAUCCUCGCCAUCCUCGCCAUGAUCAUCUACAAGAUCUUCAUCUGGAAGCGCGACAAGCAGCUGUGGGCCAAGUUCAACGCUCAGCAGGAUUGGGGUCUCGACGCCAACCCGCUCUACAAGGAUGCGUUCGACCAGCACGAGAACCCGAUCUACGCUGAGAACGCCGAUGUCGACGACCGCGGCGCAGCGUUCUUCUGAUUUUGCCGCUCGUCUCCUCUCCGACUCCUCGACUCGCCUGGCCCUGUCUCUGCUGCGCGCCCACGCCCCUCCCACCUCCCCACUCUUCUCCCCCCUCUCGCCUCGCUCGCACUUGCCAUAUUUUGACAACACGUGCGCUUGCAAAGCAGACGGCUGUCGGGUCCUGGAAAUGAACGCAACAUCUUCUUUC